CGCAUCGUUAUUUUACCAUUACGAAUUCAGAAAAAUUAUUCAAUCAAUGAGAAAAAUAAAGAUAUGAAAAACGAGGCCGUACUUAAAAUAGUUUAGCAAACAACAUCAAAGAAUUUUGUGGCCAAAAUUUUAUACCCCAAGAUGUCAUUUGCAAAUUUUACCCAUAAUGAUCACUCAUCACCAUCUCAAACUUGUUCUCUAACACCACACCACUUUUGGAAGAAGAAGAAGAAGGAAAAAAAAAAGAUCUCUUUUUCUUUGUCUAAAACACCAUUACAAAGGUUUUUAGACAAAAGAAGAAGAAAAAAUCCUUUUCCAUACCUUCCCUCCCUUCCAUUCAUUGGGUUUUAGCUAUUGUGUUCUUGUUCAUCUCUCCCAUAAAAAAAAAAACAAACCAAAAAAAACAAGAACACCCCCAAAUUUCAUGAGACAUGGUGGUGGAACAGGAGAAGGAAAGCCUUAGGUCAAGGCUGUUCAAUUUCAGGGGAUUGUACGACAACUCCUCCGGCGGAGCCAAGCACUCCAAGAGCAUGAGCCUCGACGAAACCUCGAGCUACGACGACGACGAUGACGACGACGCUCCCAUCAUAAUCACUUCAUCCAAAAACAAAGCACCCGCCGACGACGCCAAAGAUGGCGCCGCCACCACCCAUCGCAUCGAGAAACAGCCGUCCCGCGUCGCCGUGGCCGCGGCCGCCAUCGGCCGCGCCAUCAGCCGCAACGACAAGGGUUCCAAGUCCAAGAUGAUGAGCAAAGAUCUCGACGUCGUCGCUCAACUCCUCAAGGAGAAAACUCAUGAAAUGGACCAAAUGAAGGAAAGGUUUGCGAAGUUGUUGCUCGGAGAGGACAUGUCGGGAGGUGGAAAGGGUGUUUCUUCGGCUUUGGCAUUGUCCAAUGCCAUCACGAAUCUUGCAGCUUCGGUUUUCGGAGAGCAGUGGCGCCUGGAGCCGAUGUCGAACGAGAGGAAAACGAGGUGGAGGAGAGAAAUCGACCUGCUGUUAUCCGUCACGGAUCACAUCGUCGAAUUCGUCGCUGCCCAACAGGGCAAUGUGGAGGUAAUGAUAACGCGACAGAGGAACGACCUUCACAUGAACAUCCCAGCCUUACGAAAGCUCGACGGCAUGCUCGUCGGUACUCUAGAUAACUUCAAGGAACAGAGCGAGUUCACGUACGUAUCAAGAGACGCACCCGAUUCAGAGAAAGGACCCAAGAGGAAAGAAGAGAAAUGGUGGCUUCCCACAGCCAAAGUCCCAACCAACGGCCUCUCGGAAGCUUCCAGAAAAUUCCUGCAGGCACAGAAGGAUUCGGUCAACCAGGUCCUGAAAGCAGCCCAGGCCAUCAACGCGCAGGUUUUGUCGGAAAUGGAGAUUCCCGAAAGCUACAUCGAAGCCCUUCCAAAGAAUGGGAGAGCGAGCCUGGGGGACGUGAUCUACAAGAGCAUUACGGUGGAGUUCUUCGACCCGGACCAGUUCCUGUCCACCAUGGAUUUGGCGAACGAGCACAAGAUUCUGGACCUGAAAGACAGGAUCGAAGCGUCCAUCGUGAUAUGGAAGCGGAAGAUGAACCAGAAAGACGGGAAAUCGGCCUGGGGAUCGGCGGUUAGCUGGGAGAAGAGGGAGCAGUUUGAGGACAGAGCAGAGACCAUACUUCUCAUCAUGAAGCAGAGGUUCCCUGGCAUCCCGCAGUCCGCUCUCGACAUCAGCAAGAUCGAAUCGAACCGGGAUGUAGGGCAGGCGAUCUUGGAAAGCUACUCGAGAAUCCUGGAGAGCUUGGCGUUCACGGUGCUGUCCCGUAUCGAAGACGUGCUGUACGCAGAUCACUGCGCCAGGAACCCGUCCCAAGUUGGGCCGAAGAGCGGCCCGUUUUCGCAGGCCGGCACGCCGUCGUACGACGAGAAGGACAGGUCGUCGAUGGAAGGAUCGUCGCCGAUGACGUUGCUGGACUUCAUGGGGUGGGACGACGGCAACGACAACGACGGGGACGACGGCAACGGUAGCGGGGACGAGAUACAGAAAGAAGACGCCAAGGUGUCGGAGAAACUGCCCAACGUUGUCACCAACAACAAGCCUUCGUAUCUUGCCAACUUGGUGGGUUCGAGAAGUCCGACGUCGAGGGAUUGAAAUGUUUGAUGAAGGGAGUAAUAACAACAUGGUGAGACACAUUGAGAUAAAACUAAACGUUAUAUAUCUAGCUAAUGAUAACAUGUGAAUUUCUUGGGAGUAUAUAGUACUCGUUGAUGUAAAUUGUGUAAAUAUGUUUGACAAUGAGAAAAUUUUUGUGUGAUUGUUAACGGUGGAGCUUCGUGUAGUACAAUUAAGUACUCGCUUAAUAUUUGGUUAAAUUUUAUAAUGUGUUUAGUAUUGAACAAAAUUUGCCAAACGGCGUAGUGGUAAUUGGGUAUUAAUAAUUAAGUACCCUCAAUGACUAGGUUGAAUCUUGAUAAGUUGUAUUUUCUUAUUUCUAGUUUGUCCUCAAUUUGAAGUUUGAAUCAUAACUUCGUUAUUAUUGGCAAGAUACAAGAUAAUAGACACACAGUAAGUGAGAUUUAUUUUUUUGAAUAAUGAACUUUAUUACUAACAAAAAUAAGAGAAAAAAAUUCAUAUACAAGUACAAGAGAACAAAAAACCUGAAAAAGAGGGUCAACCAAAACUCAAAGAGAACAAGCAAAGACUACCUAGUAUGUGAACUUCCAAGACUGGACACAUGUAACAAAAUGCUAGGACGAAAAGAAAGAAAAACAAAAACGGUGAGAAAGUAGUUGAACAGACAAGGCCCCAAAUAAAACCUAUACUUAGAAGACUUACAAACGAUAUAUACCCACACCCUACUAAAUGAUUUAUUCUAUAAAUAUGUGUAUUCUUU